AUGCGACUGCUUAUCGCCGGAGGAUUGUUCGCGCUUCCUGUCACUUACGCCCUAUCCGGCCUGCUAUCCGACGCGUCCCAGGUCAACGGCCAGUCGUUCGACUAUGUCAUUGUCGGGGGUGGCCUUGGCGGUCUGGUGGUAGCCAACCGUCUGAGCGAGGACCCAGACACCACCGUCUUGGUUAUUGAGGCAGGUGGCGAUAGCCGAACAGAUGACAGAGUGGGUGUGGCGACCAACUAUGGCCAGGCAUUUGGCUCCGACCUCGACUGGGGGUGGAAGACCUCGAAUGGCAAGUCGUUGAUCGGGGGCAAGACACUUGGCGGCUCGACGGCCGUCAACGGGAUGACCUACACUCGGGGCGAGGCGGCGCAGUACGACGCGCUGGGGACGCUUCUGGGGACGGAUACCACUGACAAGUGGUCCUGGCAGGGCAUGUUCGCCGGCAUGACCAAGGCUGAGCAUUUCACUGCCCCGACCUCGGACCAAACGUCGCUUGGCGCCAGCUACGAGGGCCAGUACCAUGGCUCAUCUGGUCCCUUGCAGGUUGGAUACCCGGACGGAAUGUACAAGGGUCCCCAGCAGGCCGACUUUUAUACUGUGGCCAGCAGAAACUUUUCCGUGGCCACCUCCACCGACGCCGAUGGUGGCAAGGCGGCCAACGUCGCGUAUCACCCCAACACUCUCAAAGGUAACACUCGCUCCUCGUCGGCGACUGCCUACUGGUCGUCCAUCGAAGGGGAGCGUUCCAACAUGGCUGUCCUCGUCUCGCAGAGGGCUACAAAGAUUGUGACCACGGGUGCCAAUGGUACGGUGACAGCCACCGGGGUCGAGUUUGGUACACAGGGUGGGGCCUCGUACUCGGUCAACGCUUCUCGCGAGGUCAUUGUGUCGGCAGGUGCAAUCCAGUCCCCUGUCCUUCUUCAACUCUCUGGCAUUGGCGAUUCGAACGUCCUGACUCCACUCGGUAUUGACGUCGUCGUCGACCUCCCUGGUGUGGGCAAGAACUUGCAGGACCAAACCAUGGGCAUGAUGAGUUGGAACGCCGCCAGCGGGUUCAAUGCCGAUGGUACGGGCCCCAACAAUGUCAUUGCGUACCCGGACCUAGCCACCCUGUUUGGUGACGACCUUGAGUCGAUCAAGAGCACCAUCUCCAGCAACAUUGAUGCCUACGCGGCUGAUGCGGCUGCCAACGGUGGCAUGGUGAACGCGUCAGCGGCCUCUGCCAUCUUUGCUAUUCAACAGGAUCUCAUGGUCAACUCGGGCGUCGGUGUUGCAGAGCUGUUCUUCUCCAACAGUGACACCUCAAUAGGUAUCAACGUUUGGAACAUGUUGCCAUUCUCACGCGGAAGCGUCAACAUCUCCUCGACCAACCCCUACGACAAUCCUUUCAUUGACCCUCGAUACCUCUCGGCCGACGUUGACAUGCAAGUCAUGAUCAAGGGGUGCCGCAUGGUCCGCAAGAUCUUCGGUACCGAUCCUCUCCGGUCUUUGGUCAGUGACGAGACAGCCCCCGGCGGUGCAGUGCCCAGCGGCGAGGAUGGCGGAUCCGAUGCGGAAUGGCGCCAGUGGAUCAGUGACAACUUUCUCUUUGUCAACCACCAGAUCGGCACCUGUGCCAUGAUGAAGGCCGAGUACGGUGGUGUGGUGGACGCCAGCCUUGUCGUAUACGGCACAACCAACAUUCGCGUCGUCGACGGGUCGGUCCUCCCCAUGCAGAUGAGCGCGCACCUCAGUGCCACGCUUUAUGGCCUUGCGGAGAACGCUGCGGAUAUUAUCAAGGCAGGCAGGCAGGCUGUCGAGGGCGGUACUGCAACGACCCAGUCUCCCCACACUGCCGGGGCUGCCGCAACAGACGACCCCACGACCACCAUCUCUACCGACAACGAGACGCCCAUUGAGACUCUUGCCGCUGCGGGAGAUGACGGCGCCUCAAGCAACGCUGCCGGGCCUACCAAGUCGUGCAGCCCUCGCAGCCGGAAACGCGCACUGCGGUGGACCUGA